AGCAUAAAGUCACAAACAUACCAAUCAGUACAUUGUGCUUGGUAUCUAGCUGAAGAGAAUUACAUUUCAGAAGGAAACUAUAUUACAUCUAUAGCUCUGCAACAGCCACCAUGGUUCUGGAGGAGAACGAUAAUUCUGUCUUUGAGCCCCAAAUCACUGAAGACCACGUGGAGACUCAGUAUGGGGACGUCCACUGCAUCUUGACAGGAACUCCGAAAGCAAACCGACCCGUCAUCCUGACUUUUCAUGAUGUUGGACUGAACCACAAAUCUUGCUUUGAGACCCUAUUCAACCAUGAAGACAUGCACGAAAUAGUUCGCCAUUUACCUGUUUGCCACGUUGAAGCUCCUGGACAACACGAGGAAGCCAAAACUCUACCCACUGCGUACAGCUACCCUACCAUGGACCAGCUCUCCGAGGUUCUUCCUGCUGUCCUCAAUCACUUUGAGCUGAACAGUGUGAUUGGAGUGGGAGUUGGAGCAGGAGCUUACAUCCUGGCCAGAUUUGCACUGAAUCACCCUGAUUUAGUGGAUGGAUUGGUUCUGAUCAACAUUAACCCCAAUGCUGAGAGCCUAAUGGAUACUGUUGCAAACAAGAUUACUGAUUGGACCCUCCCUCUCCCAGACAAAGUUAUCACUCACUUGUUUGGAAAGGAUGAGAUUCAGACAAAUCAAGACCUUGUGGCUACAUAUCAUCACUACAUCACAGCAACGAUGAACCAGUCCAACAUGAAUCAGUUUCUACGUUCCUACAACAACCGCAAUCCCCUGGAGGUGGAGAGGCCUGUUGCUGGAGGAAACGUCAAUGUCAGGACCCUCAUGUGCGCAUCCCUGUUGGUUGUUGGGGAUAAUUCUCCAGCUGUGGAAGCUGUGGUCGACUGCAACUCCAAACUGAACCCCACAAAAACCACACUGCUUAAGAUGGCAGACUGUGGAGGACUUCCCCAAGUUGAUCAGCCAGCCAAAGUGAUUGAAGCUCUUAAAUAUUUUAUCCAGGGAAUGGGAUACUUGUCCAGCGCCAGCAUGACCAGACUUCGCUCAAGGACAACCUCCAGCUCCAGCAAUAUCUCGUUCAAUGGCUCUCGAGGCCGUGCAUACACUUAUGAACUUGGACAAACACACUCACAUGGCACUCAGGAGAGGCGCGGGCGCGCACACACCGAUGUCUCCAUGGAGAGUAUUUCUACUGUCAGCCAGAAUGUCUCAAACACCGCUGAAGUGGCGUGCUAGAAUAUCAGCGCUGCUUAUAUAAUCGCACUUAAAUCAGUAUACCUGCACUUAUAUUUUUAUUAGUUAUUUCCUUUCCUUACAUUCACCCAGUCACUGUAUUUAUUUUAUUCCGCUAAAAAAUAAAGAUCAAACAUUA